AUGACCUCCCUCGCCGUGCCCGACGCCGGCCUGAGCCUCCUCCGACCCGACAGCCCGCCCGACUCCCCCCAGAGACCAGCCCAGGUGCUACGCCUGAACCUCGCCCAGAAUACCCUCGAUGACCUGCUCGAUAGCCUGCGGAACGACCAGAAUGCUCGAGUGCGUCUGGGCAAACAGCCCUCGCUCUUCUGGGGCGCCCAGGCCCAGCCCAUCUACGCCUACCCCGAGAACCACCGCUCCGAGCUCUACCUCUCGUCGCUCGACGCCCGAGAGAACCUUUACUUCUCCGGCAUCUUCAGCCACAGCCUGGAGGUCCAGCGAGCGAAGGAAGCCACCGCAGCGACCGACGAUGCCCUGGCCAACCUGGAGCAGAGUCUCAGUGCCUUUCGCCAUGGCAAGGAAUCCAAGAAGACCCCCGUCAUCACCGCCGACCAGAUGAGGGCCUUGCGAGCCGGCGACAACCGCACUGCCACCGGCAGAGAAGCCGCCAGCCUGGCUCGCAUGUCGACCAGCAAGGCCGAUAUCGAAAAGGAGAAGUUCUUCAAGAACGCUGCCAGUCGGUCCUCUCCGGCCAGCCCCGCCUUCCUGGCCGCCCAGUCGCCGGCCCUCACGCCCACGUCUGCGUCGGUAUCCCAGAGUAAGGAUAAAGUCAGAUUAGAAGCUUUACGAACGCCGUUACUUCACCUGCUCGCCGUCAGGCCGGUCUCUGUCAAGUUCCUCGCCCAGAAGACACGCUCGUCCCAGGAAGACUGCCUCACCCUGGUCCGCAGAUACGGGACCGAGAAUCGAUUGAACAGAGAGAAAUACGACCUCCGAGACAAGGUCUACAAGGACCUGGACAUCUGGAGCUUCCCUUAUCCGUCCGAUGACGAGCGCCAGGAGGCCAUUGACAAUGCCAUCUCUGCUUUCGAUCGGAUGAGGCUCUCCAAGCAGGACAAACUAUGGCAGAUGCUACUUCCUAAGAACGAGAGAGGCAAAGGCAAAGUUCUGUCUCGUCUGAACCUCCGCACCUGUCCUCCGCCGAAGAGCGUCACUCCCCGUAUCCACGUCCAGCCAUCUCCAGAUGAGACCAAAGAAGAGUCCGGCACUGGAAAUGAAUCUGAUGUUCCGAUGAACGGCGUGGCGACUCCUAACACGCCAGCAGAUGCUGAUACCGCUGCCAAUAAGAAGCCCGGCCCAUCCGGUCUGAAGAAAAAGCCCGCCGCUACGGCUAAAAGAGCAGCGGCUCCAAAACCAAAGGGUACUACUACUAUUGCAGGGAAAGUUACGAAAAAGACGGAGAAGGCUCCUGACAAGAAAAAUGCCGCCAAAUCGGAUGCGAAGUUCAAAUCGGCCGAGUUUGUGGUCGAUUCUGAUGACGAUGCUGAGAUGGCCGACUCUAAACCUACACGCACCAAGUCACCCAACAAUGUGAAAGCCAGUCAGAAGUCUCCUGCCAUUCAGCAGCGUAAGCCGUCUGCUGCGUUGAAAUCGCCCGCGAUGACACCCAAGGUCUCAGAAAAUGGCCCAAUACCCAAAUCGCAGGCGUCGAAAACAUGGCAACAAGCGAAUAAUCGGUCGCCACAGAAGCGGUCACCACUGGGCUCCUCACCGCCCACCAACGCAUCCGAUAUAGACAGCGGAAGCCGACCGUCCAGCACCAACCAGUCGUCCAGCUCGUCGUCUCCACUCAUGCUCCAGCACCCCCGGCAAAGAGCCACUGCGGGCGCCAAGCCCGCGAUGUCGAAUGCCGCCAAGCCAGCCCAGCGGACCGCGUCCCUCAAGCGCAAAGCCGAAAACGACCCGGAGAUUACCACGACCAUCCGCAACGGCGGCGGCGGCGUUGGCCUUGGGAUCAGACACGCCGGCAGCACCCCGGACCUACAGCAGCAGCAGCACAAGCGGCGGCGGCCGUCGACGGUGUCCAGCAGCGACUGCACGUCGGGCAACCGGACUCCGCCCACGAGCAUCGCGCUGCUGCGCCAGCGGCUCCGCGAAAAGUCCCAGCAGUUCAAGCAGUUUUACGCCAAGUACCGCCAAUUACAUGAAGACCUGUCCAAUCACCCGGCGCCGCCGGAGCACCAGCUGCUGAAGCUGGAGCGACAGCAUGAUCGGUUGGAGAAGAUGAAACAGGAGAUUUGGGAUGAAGAUCGCAGAUUGAGAUAG